AACCAAUGAGAUAAGGUGAAGAGGAGGGACUAGAGGAGAGAGAAGUCAGUCUUCUCCAUCAGAGUCAUCACAGGCCUGACACGAGAGCAGAGGACUCAGCUCCAGUGAGAAGGUGUGUGAUAGAGAAGAUGAUCCAGCUCAACAACCCCCAGUACUUCCACUUCCUACAGACUGCCGACGCGCUGAGACAAUCGCACUCUUUCUGCGACGCUGUCAUUUCUGUGGACGGCCACACAUUCCACGCUCACCGUGUGGUUCUGGCCUGUGCCAGCAGAACUUUGGCCCGCCUCAUGUCCCAGGACCAGGACAGUCUUGUACAGCGCACACUGGAGCAUCUCUCCUCGCGCACAUUCAGACAGCUGCUGGACUUCAUCUACUCUGAGACAUUGGAGGUGACGGAGGAGGACCUGAGGCUGCUGCUCCCAGCUGCACAGAUACUCCAGAUGGAGGGGCUGGAGGAGCAGUGCAGGAGCUUGCUCAAAAGACUCCAAAAAGAAGACAAAAACAAGAGCACAGAGCUCAAUAAACCAGAAACAGAGGGUGGCAUAAAGGUUAAAGAGGAACACUCAAACCCUCCACCUAAGCAGACAGAUGGCUGCACAACGGACGAAAAGAGAGCAGAUGAGUCCUUUUCGUCUGAUCAGAAGCUGAGUCUGUCUGCUGCUGUAACGCAGUGUCAGAGGGACAGUGUCAUCACCUCCAGCUAUAGCCCAUUCUCUCCCUGGACAUUCCCAGCACACAUGUGGAGCUCAGUGAGCACUUUAAGACAAAUCGCUCAUAACUACUCUCUGAUGUCUGCUCACUCAGUGCCAAACAGCUUCACCUGUCCCCUGUCUAUGCCCUCUCAUCGUGUCCUGCUCUCAUCGGCCUAUCAGAGUCCAGCCCAGACGUCUGUGCUAAGCUACUCGCAGUUACAUUCACAUUACUCCACAAACGCUGGGCCUCUUAGGGUGGGAGGGCUCCUUAGACAGGGGCUGCUCAAGAGGAGAAAGCACAGGACCCUCUCUCAGGACACUCGGAGCUGCAGGACAAGUUAUAUGGAUGUUGCCAAAACAGACACAGGAAGAGACUGCCAGCACUGCUCUGCACAGCCCCAGGGGUCCACAGUUUGCAGAUCUUGUAGUAGAGAUAUGAGGCAGCCUGGUGUUCGCUCACAUGAAGCAGAGCGGCGGCUGGACAAACCGUACCAGUGUAAGCACUGCUCCAAGAGGUUCAGCCUGAAGCAUCAGCUCGAUACGCACCACCGCGUGCACACCGGAGAAAAGCCGUUCGAGUGUCGUCUCUGUGGCCAGCGCUCCCGGGACUAUUCAGCCAUGAUCAAGCACCUGCGGACGCACGGUGGCGCUGCUCCGUACCAGUGCACCGUGUGCCUGGAGUACUGCAGCAGCUUGGUGGCCAUGCAAAGGCACGUGAAGAGCCACGCACUGCACGAGUUCCCUACAGACUGGAGCAUUGGGAGCACCUACAUGUACCGCUCCCACAUAUAGCAGGCAAAAAGUUUCAUAGACUUUUUAUAGUCUUCUGUUAGAGUCUGCAUGCAGUUUACUAGUGUUAUAGUUCCCCGAGUCUCAACUAGGCAUAAACUGUGACUAGUACGCCCCCAGGUGGACAAUAUGGCCUUUUACAGACUUUCCAGGUCAUAUAUUGUGUUUCUCCUUUGUGGGUCUUAGUAAUGGGCUUAUACCUACUUUAUUAGACUUUUCAAAUUGUCCUGGGGCAUUUUUUGGGUAUAGGCCAAAUACUUUUGUAUUUGGUUUAUACCCUAUGGGUAAUAUAACAGUGUGUAAAAUAAAUCAUAUAACUAGAAAUGGCAUCACAAUAUCCAUUUGCACAUUAUGUAACUUCCUCAUCAGUUAAACAUAAAGAUUAGUCAUAUUUGCUUGUAGGCUAUUUUUUUCUAGUUUCCAAGUGAUGAGUACAGGAUGAGAGAACAAGCCCAAAUAGAUUUUGUUCUACAGGUCUAGUUUACAAAUUGUAUUGUCUCGCUCUGUGGAUUUUCAUUUCAUUCCAGAAAUCAAUGGGCAUUUUUUUAAAUGGGGCAAUAUAAAGAACAAUUACUUACUUUUUCAGAAUACUGAAUAUUUAUUUUGAUUUAUUCAGAUGGUUUGAAGAUGACAUGUUGAAAAAUAAAAUACU